AUGAGCGACAAAAAAUUCUUAUCAGCCGCCCGCUUCGUCGCAGGGGCUGUUCACGCUGCCGCCGACGACGGCAAGAAGAAGAAGAAUGGCGACAAAACUUCCCAGCAAACCCCCGGCAUGAGCAGCGACGACAUCAAGGAGCUCGCUCCUGUGGCUCUCAGUGCUUUCCAAAAGCUUGUUGGUACCAAAACGAAAAAUGGCGACAAAAAUGCCCAAAGAGCCUUCAGCAUGAGCAGCGACAACAUGAAAGAAGUCGCCCCCGUGCUCAUCCAUGCAAUAGCCGAGUAUGCUGAUGGCAAAGCCAAGAAAGGCGACCAAACUGCAAAACGAGGCCCCGGCACGAGCAGCGACGACGCGACAGAAUCCAUCUCAUCGCCUGUGGCUGCCACACCUUCUAGGGCUGGAGCGAAAGACGGCGACAAAACUACCGAACGAUCAGGAACAAAGUUGAUAGCGAAGAUGUUGAAGGAAUCCAUCAAGUUUGCGCCCAAAGUUGUCGACAUUUUGGUCGAACAGCAGAAGAAGGCGUCGCAGGAAGUGUCCCGGAAAGCCUAG